CUUGAAUGUGUUUCUGGGCAAAGAAGCAGAGCUAACGAGGGAAGAGAUUUAAAGAGUUUCUCCUGGGUAUUUGUCCAACUUUGAUUUCCUGGCUGUACGCAAAGAGGGGAUUCAACUUCCAUCUUCAACCAGGACUCAGCUUGCUCCAGUCAGCUACCUGAAGGUCUGGAAAGCAUGAAGACUGUGCUUUUGCUCCUGUACUUCUUGGGAACUGCAGCUGCGAUCCCGACAAAUGCAAGGUUUUUAUCUGCUCAUUCUCAACCAACUGCUGAAACAUUGGUAACGCACGAGAAUACAGAAACUCCUUUUUUAAGGACUGAAGAUGAAGAAAAUGAAAAGGAAACGGUAGAACCCGUAGAAAACCAACCCAACAAUAAGGAUGAACAAUCUUCAGUGUUACAAAACCAUGAGCAGUUGGCAGAACAGGACAAGAGCUACAGUGAAGAGCUUGGAUUGAAGGACCAGGAGGAGAAUACUAGUGACACAGGUGUGACUUCAGCAUCUACACCAACUGUAGGCACAUUGGACUCCAAAGAAGAUAUGAGUGAGCCUCAGGAGCAAAACUUCCCAGAGAACACCGAUUCCCCUGUUUCUGAUGUUAGUUCCUUGGAGAACUCGAACCAAGAGGAAACCAUCCCAAAGGGAGAGGAAAACCAAGAACAAUCUAUAAGCGAGGCUCAUCAUCAGCUGAACAGAAGUGGUGCACACACCCCAGACCUAAGUGAUCAAGGAAACCAAGAAGAUGAUCCAAACAUUCCAAAUGGAGAAGAGGAAGAAGGAAAGGAGCCAGCGAAAGUUAGUAGUUCAAAUGAUAACCAAGAGAAGGAGGGAGAACUUUCCCUGGAGCAUUCUGACAGCGAGCAGGACGAAGACGAUGCCCAACCCGAUGACAUUUUGGAAGCGACCAGUCAACCAACUCAAGUAAGCGAGGUGCAAAAGGAUGAAUCUGAGCAGGGAAACCAAGAACAGGAAGAAGUUCACUCUGAUGCAGAAAUGGAGGAGAAAAAUGCAUCGGACAACAAUAAACACGUCCAAGAUAAUGAAUGGCAGACCCAAGAAGGAAAAACUGGUCUAGAAGCUAUUAGAAAUCAGAAGGGAAUGGGCAAAAUGACUCUUUCAGAGGCUUUGUUCUUGGAACCUAAUGAUGAUGCUAACAUUGUGCCCAGAAAUCAUGGGGCUGAAGGUGACGGGAACAGUGACGGAUCCAAGCACGGUGCAACUAAUGACUACUUCAUCCCAAGCCAGGCCUUUGUGGAGAAUGAAAGAGUUCAGUCCAAUUACCAUCACACCAAAAAUGACGAGCAAAGAGAAAGAGCACUUGAGAAUGAGAGUGUAGAUACUAGUGAACCUGGAGACCGCCACGGGGCCAAGAAAGCAGAAAGCUCAUCAAAUGAAGAUGAAGCUUCAAGUGAAGACAACGUGAGAGUUCACAGCAUUGAUUCAUGUGUGAAUUUCCAGUGUAAACGAGGGCACAUCUGUAAGGCUGACCUGCAAGGAAACCCUCACUGUGUUUGCCAAGAUCCAAUGACUUGUCCUCCGGCAAAACCCAUUGACCAAGUUUGUGGCACUGACAAUCAAACCUAUACUAGCUCCUGUCACCUGUUCGCCACCAAAUGCAAACUGGAGGGGACCAAAAAGGGACACCAGCUGCAGCUGGAUUACUUUGGUGCCUGCAAAUCCAUUCCUGCUUGCACGGAUUUUGAAGUGACUCAGUUUCCUCUACGGAUGCGAGACUGGCUCAAGAAUAUCCUCAUGCAAUUGUAUGAACCUAACCCUGAGCACCCUGGGUAUCUCAAUGAGAAGCAGAGAAACAAAGUCAAGAAAAUUUACCUGGAUGAAAAGAGACUCUUGGCUGGGGACCAUCCCAUUGACCUUCUCUUGAGGGACUUCAAGAAAAAUUAUCACAUGUAUGUGUAUCCUGUGCACUGGCAGUUUAGUGAACUUGAUCAGCAUCCUAUGGACAGGGUCCUGACCCAUUCAGAGCUCGCUCCUCUGAGAGCGUCUCUGGUGCCCAUGGAACACUGCAUAACCCGCUUCUUUGAGGAGUGUGACCCAAACAAGGACAAGCAUAUCACCCUGAAGGAGUGGGGCCACUGCUUUGGAAUCAAAGAAGAAGACAUAGAUGAAAAUCUCCUGUUUUGAAUUAAGAUUUGAAGGAACUCAAGCUUUCCAGCAUCUUUCUCCAUUCUAACUAGCUCUUAAAUAUAUGUAGCCGUGAUAGCUAUAUAUUUAGCAAGAUGUCUGCAUGUAUGAAAA